AUGGCAUUGCCUCUUCCACCGGGGCUGACGCCUCCAGAGAUCGCGUUCCUGUGCGAAAUGGAGCUUGUGACCGUCAUACCGCGCCAGAGACUUGAGGGACUCGAGCUGCUUGGCGGACCUCUCAAACCUCUGAAUCCACCUCAAAGGAGCAACAUUCCCCUCUGGCUCGCCCUCCUACUGAAGCGCCAACGCCGCGCCAACAUCCUCCCUCCACCCUGGCUGAACACGCACUCCCUCACCGCAAUCCUCGAUCACGAAACAGAGCACGCAGACACAUUCUCUCCGCCACCGCGACUACCGUCACAGCCCUCUGACAACACAUUACCCAUAUCACCCCCCUUCUUACCAACCUCCACUGCAGACGCUGCGCCAGACGCGUUACCAUACCACUGGUUAGAGCUAGGCGAGAUGCUACUCGAAGCUGCAGCAGACGACUUCGAAGAGCCAGAUCAGGUGCGAAAGCUGCUUCGUGGGCUACGAGAAGUGCGCAUGGCAAAGCUACGGAGUGGUGUGGAGGUGCUGGAUGCAGCUGGAGGCAUCAAGAUGAACGGGGUGGGAGGCAUGGAAGUAGGAGAAGGGAGGUCUUUCAUUACAGGAGUGGUCGAUGGGUUGAGGAAAAUCGGAGCCUCACGCGAACAGCAACGCAAAGAUCGCGACGCAGAAGAGGCAGAGAACGGCUACUCUGGCACCGCGGGCGACUACGACGACGAUGAGAUGGACAUGCAAUGA